AUGCGUCGGCGCACUCCUUUACGCGAAUACCUCGAGCUUCGGCGCCUCAAAAACCAUGAUCUCUUACCUGAAAACAUGUUGUACGAAACGGACAUCCCUACUGCUUUCUGCUUCCGGAGAAUAUGCAGCAUAGGAAAGACUCAUCGUAGAGCUAGUCAUGAACAAAUUUCUUUGACUGAAGCUUUGGAUCAUCUGCUAAAUUAUUUAAACGUUAGAGUGAUGCGUUGCGGCCCCAAUUUCUGGCCGGUUGUCGGUGGCGAGCGUGUUUCGACUUGUGAUCAGUUAAAGCUAAAGAGUGGCUCCCAUCUUCGUCUCGAGAAUUUUGCUUUUAUGUCAAAGGAAUUCUUUCGUGGUCUGGUGUUGGCUAUGUUCAGAGGCGAGGGGGAUCCUUCAGCGCAAAUCGUCGCGGCUGACCUCUUUCAUGUUAAUUGUCGCACGAUAUAUCAGUCUUUAAAAAAGUUUCUGCCGAUUAAGGAGGAGGAGGAGGCAAAAGGAGGUGGGGACUCCAUCGGGAAGGCUCAAACUGUGAAUUUGUAUAUGCUAGAGGACCUUGAUUUUGACUGCCUUUUCCCUAUAUUCACCAUCCUUUCCAAUGUAUGUGGUAUUUCGAAUAUGGCCCCAGGCUACGAAUCUCGUCUACUAGGACACUUUGAACGAUUCGCAGAGUUCUUGCAUCAUCUACUUGUUUAUGUUUCGAGCGAACGAUUUCAGGAGGCGCUUGUCCUCAAAUUCGUCGCAUCAACCGUCCUGCCUGUUUGUCAACAAUACUCGCAGGCUUUGCUCAAUUUUCCACACAUAGUAACGCCUACUUUGUUAUCGGAUUUCUCCGAGUACCUCCGACUUUUGGAAAAGGCAGCUUUUCCUUCCCAAGAAAGGCACAGACAUAUUGGACCAGGCUGGCCGCAGCCAAUCCUGUGUCCCUCUGCGUUCCAAUGGCAUGCGAGGAAGAUAAGCAGCCAACCAGAGAAGGACACGAUUGAGGAGCAGUAUAUAAUGAGCGGCGUGGCCAGGCUGGCGGACUCAGAUGGAAGUGUUGGUAAAAUAUCCAGUUCGAAACUCCCCGCACCCCACAUCUGGCAGGAUAUUGGCUCAAGCGAAAAGUUGACGAGGGACUUUGCUCCUGUAGACUUGCAGGAAGGACUCUUUUCCAUCGGAUGGGCUGGGGUCCGAAUCGCGUCAUUCGAACGCAUCCGCCGCCACCAAUGUAGAAUACCCCAACCCAAGUAUGAAGGAGACUGGUACAACAAAAGAGGCCUUAUUGACCAAUCAGAAGCCAGAGCCACGAGUCAGCCACCUUCCAUCCGAGUCCGCCACGCUGGCCACGCCGCUCAUUAUAUACUGCUCCUCAAUCGUGUCCUUCUCUGGUUGGCUGCUUAUCUUCCUCGCAUGCCAUUGGAACACAGAGAGACACAGGAUUGGCUGCGCCCAGAUGGUCCAAUAUGUCUGCGCCCUGAUCCGACGUCACAGCCAGACCACACCACUUGUAGAAUACCUGAGCCCUAA